GUCAAAUUAGACAAUCUGUCAAUCUUACGAAAAACAAAUUUUUGUUUAUUUUAAUGCCUCCGUUCGGUUUUUGUGGUGUGUUUCGCGUUUUUUGAUACGGAUAAUAGGUAACUGUACAAUUCGUAACAUAAUUCCUGCUGAUAAUUUACAUGAACAGCAGCGAUGUUUUUGGCGGCAACUGGCAUAUGCGUCAAUGGUGUGCCUUAAAUCAGAAUUUUAUUAUAACAUUUUCUAGAUAUGUAUAUUUAGUCUAGUUGUUGUAUUUGUGCAAUUUAAAAAUAACAAAAUGGACUGCAGUCCAAACGCUCAAGAUUCUCAGCACGAUUCGGGAUUGGAAUCGUCCGCGUGGUUACUCGAAAGCACUCCUAGGACAGACAAUGAGUCCACACCAAACCUUUCGGGUGUCAACCUUAGAAAACGCAAAGGUUUCUAUUUGGAGGGAAAGCGAAGAAAAUUGACAGAUUUAAUAGAGUCUUGUCCCUCCACCCCGCAAUUUUCAAGCACCCUCAACGAAUCCCUCACUCGGAAGUUUGAAAACAUUAACAUAGAACAAAAUUACUUCACAUUCGGCGAUUCUAUCGAGCACAUUCCUAAAUAUUUUAAAGAUGAGUUUGCGAGCAAGGUUAAACCCGUUUCUUCCACUCCGGAAGCUAAAGUUCGACAUCAAAAUGCGACUCCAAAAAAAGUUGUUGCCUUUCCUACUGCCAUUGCUGCAUCACCUCUAAAAGAGCAACAUAAAAUCCUAUACCCUAGCUUAAUGCUGCUUGAACCUUGCAAGAAGCUGACACCACAGAAACAGAAGGAGAAAUGGGUAGAAAAUGUAUCUGUGAUUAAAAGGAGCCCAGAUCGUCAAGCAUUCAAUGAAGUGGUGGGCAACGAUCUUAUAAUGGGCAAAAUUUUUAGCUACCUAUCAAACGGGGACUUGUUCAGGGUGUCUAUGGUGUCCCGUAAGCUGAGGGAUGCACUUCACAGAAAUUUUAAGGCUUACAUAAGAUACGAGGUAUACAAAUCAGGCCACAAAAUCAACAAAGAGAACUACCGCAUCACUCCUCCCAACAGUCCGGAAACGAGCGAUUGGCCGGGGCCCGCGAGCCCCGGCAGCAAAAAUUUUAGGAAAUUCGUUGACCUGGGGAGCAAGCUGAGCCACAACCAAUCGCUGACGAAGUGUCCCCAGUGCGGCAAACCUUCCGUAGUCGAGCACAAUAUUUGCCAGUGCCAGGAGUACUUGUGUGGUUACAUCUAUUGUCAAAAGUGCAGCAGCUUCUCCUACUCCCCAGAGGAAUUUGUCGACAGGUGUCACGGGUCAGAUUUGUUGACGUCGAAUAACUUACGGCAGCGAGUCAAAUUCUUAGACCUGAGUAAUUCUCCUCUAGAGUUUACCGACAGUUUGUUCUAUGACAAAAUUCAUCAGUCAUCCGGUUAUUUUUCUAGUAGCGAGACAACGCAUCCUUCCCUCAACGUGAAGAGAGACCUGAGCAAAAGUUUCAGUCCCAAAGAAGACCAGGCGAAACCGAAAAAGGUGUUGCUUCAAAACAACGCGUCUAUGAGGUCCAACAGUCGUACAGAAAUAAAAAGAAAGGCGUCGUGGGUGCCCGUGGUACCUGCGGAUACCAAACACGUUGUAGAGGUCGCGGAGCCUUCUUCACCGCCCAGGUUGAACUUGUACGCCGCAUGCUCGAAACAGAGUAAGAAAAACUUAAAAAGACUGACCAAGUGAUUUCGUCCGUCGCUUUACACUUCCUAAAUCGGUGAUACGUUAUUUUUUUCUUAUUUUUCGUGAUUGUUGUCAAACAACAAGGUAACUUGUCGGGUCAUGUUCUAGUGACCGGUGAUUGUGAUCAAUCAUUCCACUUAUAUUUUCGUGCCUAAUGUACUUUGUUCCGUUAGAUCUGAAUCUUCCUGGUUAGUAGCCAGGAAGAUUUUUUAUAAAAGCGAUUUUUUUUGUGGUUUUAAAGUGUUAUUUAAGGUUACUUGUGUAUGUAAAGCUGUACCUAUUUGUACUCUUGUUUUGUAUUGUUACA